GCUUCCAGACAACCAUAACCCCCCAUCCAUCACAAAACUUCAUUGUAAGUGCUACAUAUACUAAUGCGCGGUCUAGGUUAUCGUCCUUCUACAUCUAGAAGGCUCCUACAGAUCUCCUGUGCCAUAGGUUGGUGUUUGUUUGCAGCAGGUCCCAUAUUUGGAUUUGCUGCCAUCAAACCCAUCUUCAUAAAAGAGGGAGUGUAUCAUGAUAAAUGCCCCGCCAAUUCCAACAGUGAGUGUACCCAACAAGAGUUGGCAUUGGAUUUCUUAUUUACAGCAGGUUGUAUGGUUACCAAUAUAUCUGCCUUGCCUGUUGGUUGGAUUCUUGAUUCCUAUGGUCCUAAAACUACUGGGAUAAUUGGUUCCUUCAUAUUAGGAAUUGGUGCCAUAUGUUUAAGUUUAGCAUCAAAUAUUUUAUUUAUGGAUGGAUACUUGGCCGGGUUUAUCUUAUUAGCACUUGGUGGGCCAUUUGUGUUUAUUUCUUGUUUCCAAUUGGCCAAUAGUUUCCCUAAACGUUCAGGUUUAGUAUUAGCAUUAAUCACCGGAUCAUUUGAUUCUUCUUCAGCAUUGUUUUUAUUCUAUCGAAUGUAUUAUGAUAAUAUUCAUAAAUUAUCAGUUAGUGGAUUUUUUGCAUGCUAUUUAAUUGUACCUAUUUUCAUUUACUUGUGUCAGAUUUUACUAAUGCCGGAAGAAUUAUACAAGACUGUAGCCACUUUGGCAAAAAUUGCUGAAACUGGUAUUGAUGAGACUGGGAAACCUCUUGAUACAGAUUUGUUAUAUCCCGAAGAUAUAGCAGAGGACAGUGAUGAUAAUACUGUCGAGUACUAUCAACCAACAAUUCAAGAAACUACUUCACUUUUGUUAAGAAGAGCGUCAAUCUCCGCACAAGUCCCAUCUAUUCGUCGAGCAUCAUUCUCGUCUGUUGCUUCCAAUAAGUCCGUUUAUGAGCAAGAAGCAGAUUUGAAAUUAACUCGAUCAUCUGGAGGAGUAUUUGGAAUAUUACACGGGUACUCCAUACGUGAUCAAUUAUCUUCCAGCUGGUUCUUAUUGAUGUGUUUAUUCACUAUGACGCAAAUGUUGAGAAUCAACUAUUUUGUUGCCACUAUCAAAUCCCAAGAACUUUAUUUGUAUAACGGUAAUGAGGAAUUGGCAACCAGCAUCAAUCAUUUUUUUGACAUUGCCUUGCCAGUAGGAGGAAUCAUUGCUGUUCCCUUUAUUGGAAUGAUUUUAGAUAAUUGUACUACAUUGUCAGUGUUGGCAUUAUUGACGGGACUCACAGUGUUUGUCGGAAUUGCUGGGUUAUUAUCAUGGUUACCUGCCACAUAUGCUGGUAUAUUAGUACUUGUGGUAUUUAGACCAUUCUUUUAUACUUCAGUGAGUGAUUUCUGUGCCAAAGUGUUUGGAUAUGAAACUUUUGGUACAGUUUAUGGAUCCAUAAUUGCAUUUUCCGGUCUUUGUAAUAUCUUCCAACAAGUUAUGGACAAAGUAACCCUUGAAAUAUUCAAGAAGAACCCGGGACCUAUUAAUAUAAUCUUGACUGUUUUGACUGGGGUUUCCGGGUUUGCCCUUAUUGGGUUUGUCAAGUCCCAAGAAAUGGAGAUUAAGAGAUUACAGUUAGAAAUGGAAGCACAAGAAGCUAUUGAUAGACCUAUACCUACUUAGAUAAUAUACAAUUUACCGUAUUCUACGUCGUGAUUUUCUUUCCUUUUUCUCUUUUUCUAAAACAAGAUCAGGAUCUAAUGCUGUCAACUCAGGUAUGGCCAAUGUUGGUUCAAGCUUUUCUUUGCUGGCGACUUCUAUUACUUUGCUCAUGUACCUUGAUUCCAACAUCUCGAGCUCUUGUUGAUAUAUAGAUUUCUUAGCUGGUUGUGGAACAGCCUGUUUGGAUUUCUGAUCUCCAGAAAAGGUUAGUAUUUCCUCGAUACUGGUCAUGGUUCUUACUUAGCAGCGUUAUUUUUAUCAGCAGCCUUUUGUUCCUUUUCAAUUUCUCUUCUUGAUCCCUUGAUUAAUUCUAAAUGUCCAACUCUACUAGCAAUCAACUUUUCAGUAGAUGUCAUUAACUGACUUUGGUGUACUUUGGUCAACUUCUUAGCUUCUUUAGCGACGGUUUUCUUAGGCUUAAUAAUCUUAGGAGCGUUCCUCUUUGGAUUCUGUUGCUUCUUGGUUACUCUAGCUGGAGCUUUAGCCUUUAAUUUAAUCUUCCCUUGAGCCAUAUCCGUUAGUUGUUGCCAAUGCCCAC